AUGAGCUCUUGUGUUUACGAACAUGCAUCUUCAGGGAUCGUCACCGUAAUCGUGGGUCCAGAGGGCCGACCAUUCUUCUUCCAUGAGAGUCUUCUCUGCCAAAAAUCUCCUUGGUUCCGGUCCCACCUCGAGAACCAAAUGACUGAAGAUCAUAACCAUGAUUCCGCCGUUGAGCUCUCGCCUAUCGAAUCGUCAUUCCGAGACUAUCAGCAAAUUCAACGAAAAGUAAUUUACCGCUACGAAGAUGACAUCCACACCUUCAACCAAUUCUUCAGUUGGAUCUACGGAUCCAUAUACCCGCUACCUCGACGUGAUCCAGACAACUACUCUAGCUCGACACAUAUCUCAGAAUGGGUUAUCCUCCACCAGCUAGCCGUUGAGAUGGGAGUUUUGGACUUGGCCCACAAAGCUUUAUCCGAGUAUGUUCUUUGUAGAGAUACGUCACGAACAGGAUAUUGGAUGCCCCUUCCGGCGGAAAUCCAAUUUAUAUAUCAAAGCCAAGCCACAACAUACGAUUUGCGCAGUCUUAUUGUGUUUAAAAUGCGUUGUCUUUAUUUUUCAACUGGAUUUGCAGGAUUACAAAAGGAACUGUCUGAUAUUUGCGGCUGUCAUUCUGAUUUUCACUCUGAUGUCUUCGCAGAGCUGCACUGGGCCAUUUGUUCCAAAUGUCUUUGCAGCUCUGCGGACUGCUCUAUUCAUAAUCCACACAACACCAACUACUCUCAAACCCCAGAUUCUCCCUUAGAAAUCGAGUCACCUCCUCUCCCUUCUUCCGAAUACUUGGACGAUAUCUCUACUCUUGAUCUAAAUAGCUCACCACCUUAUCUAUCCGAUUGCGAUACGACAUACACAGAAGAAGAGGACGCGAACUCCGAGCAAGCGCGAAGCGAAGCAAUCGCUGAAUAUCAUGAGAGUAGGGGUGUAUAA